AUGCCAUCAGCUCGUGGUGAUACUUCGGCCUUAAAUAUCCCAGAUAUCGGAAUCGUAGUUGUUGGUGGAUACAAUGAAUAUGUUUCAAAUUCUGCUGAAAUGCUGACAGAAGAUCCUUUGGAUGAGAGCGGAUGGCGAUGGAUUAAGCUCAACCCGAUGCUAGAGGGACGCGCAAAGCCAGGAAUUGCCUACUUCAAUGGAUGCGUGGUGGUUGCUGGAGAGAAUUCAGGGAGAGAGCUCACCGUUGAAUUUCUUCCCCUGACAUCAGUUGAGCAGCCCACAGCUCAGUGGACUCGCCUUCAUGGAGUUGAUAAGGGGUGGAGGCAAUACACAUCGCUUGUCACAUUCAACAACAGAUUGAUAAUGUUAACAUCCAACGUACGCAAGGGUGAUGCGUAUGAGUUUUUGCCCACCGAAGGGGCCAACUCACUGGCCAAUUUUACAUGGAAGCCACUGUUUCGGGUGGACAAUGUGGACUGUGCAAGGAUUGUGGUCACAAGUGAAAGGCUGGACAGAAGCUAA